CCCUCCUCCCCUCCCCUCCCCUCCCCUCUCUCCUUCCUUUUUACCCUUCCCAGAAAUAUCACUCGAAGACUGAAAACAGCCCCACGCCCCCUUCUUAAUUUCAUUUGAUCGCCUCACCAAUUAUUAUUCCACACAUCCUUCCUUCAUACACUUUUUAUUAUUAUAAAUAAAUUUUAACUCUCAAACACAUUGAUCACCUCCCCUCCCCUCCGCUCCCCCCCCUCCCCUCACUAAUUUUUAAUUUGUUUUGUUUCCCGGCCCCCUCUUCCAACUUCCAAUAAUGGAAAAGGCUUCUUCCAAGGAGCUGAUGAGCCUUGAGGAGUGGGAGUUCCUGGACUUUGGCCAUGAUGGUAGGGACUUGUCCCAGAAGAUCUUCUUUGAUCCCAAGGGGAUCAUCAACAUGGAUUACUUCAUCUGCCCAUCUCACCCCACUCCUCCAAUCCCCCCUCACCCGGCCCAUGUGGAGACCCACCAAGAUGAUGGAGAUGGUGAUGCUGAUGGUGAUGCUGGUGGCGGUGGCGGCGGCGAUGGACCUCCUGGCAAGGAGUUCAUCAAGGAUAUUCCGGUGGUGGUCUUACCGGACCAAGAUCCGGUCUCCCAGGUCGUCUUCUUCUUCAAGAAGACCAGGGACGCCGAAUUCGUCGACAUGAAGAUGGGCUCCCCCAUGGCCGGCGCCAAGCUGAUCGUGCCUCACGUCGAGCCUGAUCCGAUCUUGUUUGAUGAGGAGGAAGGGCCUUACAGUUCUACGGAGGUCGCCGAGGAUAAGGCGUCGAAGAAGAAUUCGGCGGAACUAAUUAAAGAAGAAGAGGAGGAGGAUGGCGACAACAACAUGUGUUCCGAAGACAAAAAAGGGAACCAGUUGCUGGAGGGAAUCGGAUUCACUGUGUGGAGGUGGAGAGUGAAUGGGAUCGGAGCACUCUGCUCGAUUGGAGUGGCUGCUGCUGCAACCAUCUGUGUCUUUAUAUUGGGCGGCAAGCACAAGCACCAGCACAAGCACCAGCAGAUGCAGCAGCACCAGCACCAGCACCAGCAACAGAAGAUCCAGUUUCAGAUCUACACUGAAGACAAGAGGAUUAAACAGGCGGUGCAGCAGGCCACGAGGCUGAACCAGGCAAUCUCAGCAAUGAGAGGAGCUCCCAUCACAAGGGCUCACAUCUCAUUUGGUGGCUACUAUGACGGGCUUUAAUCCAAAUCGGCCUUCGUGGAAGGAUCUCACUCAACUUAUGCCAUCUUGUAAUUACCAUAUAAUUUUAUUUUUAUUUUGUCCAUAGAGGGUUAUGGCGGUGUUCUCCCAUAGAUUUGUAGGGAGAGGGAAUAAAUAGUAAAUGGCAUAUAUGGUUCGGUACUCGGGUGUGUAUAGAAAUGGAGGGAAAUAAAUUAUUGACUAGUUACCGCGAUCGGUUAGAUCUGAUGUGUACAAGUAACUUCGUUGGUGAAAGAUGCAUGGAGACCCCCCUCAACUAUUUGCUAUUAUAAAAUGAAGCCUGAACUUUUUUUUUUCCUA